AUGCAGAUAUAUUCCUCGUAUGAAUCAUCUAGAUUUUCACAUGAAAGAUGUUGGUCAAUAAAGGACCCUCCCCGUCUCAUCCUCGUCGGUGCAGGGUCGCGCGGUACAUCACUCGCCCGGGCAGUCGUGCACGCGACAAACGGACACCUUGCCGCUGUCGCAGACCCAAAUCCCUACCGCAGAAGACAGCUAGGUCGGCAGUAUAUCUGGGGCGUGGAGAGUGCGAAAGAAGGCGAGGAAUUCACCGACUGGGUUGAGUUUCGGGAAUGGGAGGUUGAACGGAGGAAGAGGGAGAGUGCAGGGGAGAAUGUAGGUAAGGGAGUAGACGGAGUGGUGGUUUGCGUGAUGGAUAGCUUGCAUAGGGAGGUAUUGGAGGGGUUGGCGCCGUUGGGGUUGCAUGUUAUGUGUGAGAAGCCGCUGGCGACGUCGUUGGAUGAUUGUGUGGGGAUUUAUGAGUCGGUUUUGGGGGAAAAGUCUGUUUUGUUUGCCAUUGGGCAUGUGAUGCGGUAUUCGCCGCAGAAUAUGUUAUUGAAGAAGUUGGUGGAGGAUGAGGCUGUUGGGGAUGUGGUUUCGAUUGAGCAUACGGAGAAUGUGGGGUGGUGGCAUUUUGCGCAUAGUUAUGUGAGAGGAAACUGGCGCAAAACAUCAACGUCCGGGCCGACGUUGCUGACCAAGUCGUGUCAUGAUAUCGACUUUCUCAUGUGGUUGAUGUGCAAUUCACAGAGGAAUAAGCAGCCUCAUCUUCCAUCCACUGUCGCCUCAUUUGGAUCGCUGAGACAAUUCAGGCGAGCUCGAAAACCGGUCGAAGCAGGGAAUGCAACCAAUUGUAUGUCUUGCCCAAUUGAGAAUUCAUGCCAUUACUCUGCGCAGAAGAUCUAUUGGGAGCAGGGUAUUAUGGCUGGACUUGGUGGAUGGCCUGUGGAUGUGGUUGUGCCCGAUAUCGAAGAUCUCUUGGAUGAAGGAGGUUUGAAGGGAGCGAGAGAAGGGUUGAAUCGCAAACUCGCUGAGGAUUAUACAGAAGACACACCGGCUGCAGAGGUUGAAGGACGACAAUGGUAUGGUCGGUGUGUAUUCGAAUCGGAUAAUGAUGUCUGCGAUGACCAGACGGUCAACAUCAACUGGGAUGAUGAUCCUUUACCAAACGCUGGUCUGAAAGGCAGAGGCAUGAAGAGUGCAACUUUCCACAUGACUGCCUUUACACAGGGCGUUUGCACCAAGAGAACCCGGGUAUUUGGCACUAAAGGCGAAAUCGAAGCCAGUGGGAAAUCAGUCAAAGUCCACGAUUUCAUCUCAGGAGAGACAAAAGAACAUCCUCCUAUGUUGACGGCCGGUGGUCACAGCGGGGGUGAUCACGGACUGAUGGCGCAGUUUGUCCUGGCGAUUGAUGCCAUCAAAAAUAAAUCGAUGAGCAUUGAAGAAGCGCAGAAUCAGUAUAUUGGAUGCACUCCGGCUGAUAUCUUUCGGAGCCACGCCAUGGUGUUUGCGGCAGAGGACGCGCGGACCACGAGGAGGAUUGUGGACUGGAACGAGUGGUGGAAGGAUAAUGUCAAGUCUGAGAGUCUGAGAUAA